UGAUUUUCGUUGAAAUAAUUACUGUACCCGAUAAUCCUUCGUCAGUCAAUAAAAACUCUGCUCAGUGUUCCGAGUACACAGUGUGCCAGUGCCAAGUGUAACUAAAAUGUGCAGUGUAGGACCUGUUCAAUCACUCUCGUUUUUCCUCCACAAGCUGCAAUCACCGUUGUUUAUGCAUUGAUUUGUUAUCGUUAUAACUAGCUGAAUACCUGACACAUUUCUGCGGCCAUGGAAGUAAACCCUUUAAACAUUUUCUUCGUGAAGUCGGACAGUAAAGGAGAUAGGUUGCUGUUCAGAUAUCCUUACACGUGUGAGAAUAGAGAUGAAAGUAAGCAGAAGAAAUGUGGCCGCCUUAAUCCUUAUGCAGUUAAUUCGGCGGAGGACCUUCUACAGAACCCACAGUCUCAGACAUCAAACAUUUGCAAGGGGCAAUUGAGCGGCUUCACCGAUGAAAUGCUAUCUACCCUGUUUGCGGUGAAAGCCGAGCUGUGCAACAGGAAAUUUGAACUUAAAGUAAAUGAUGUGCGGUUUGUGGGGCACCCCACCCUUCUUCCGUACCGGACUAACAAGGAUGAUACAGCGGCCAUGAUACUGAUUAAUAUUGUUUUUGCACUUCAAGCAUCAGCUAGUCAUUCUAUUGUCAAAUGUUACUAUGAUCUGAGUAAGAGACUGGGUAAAGCACUAAGACAUGAGGAAAAAAGAUGUUCAUAUUUAACAGAAGAAAUGAAAAUUAUGUUAGCAGCUCACGACGAAGUGUCAGCGUUAGAUAGCGAAAGUAAUUCCGGCGAGAAUGACGAAGAGGAAGAGAAUUCUCGGCACUCGGUCAGCUCCAACACGUACGCGGACCUGGGGACCGAGUCGCCGCGGUCGGCUUUCCACCUCAUACUGCAGCGGAGCUCGCUCGCCAGGGCCAUGAAGUCCGUGUUCGAGGAGCUGAGCAGCACGGGUCUAGUCCAAGUACGGAUAAACAAGUGGGUUCUCCUAUCCUUCUGUUUGCCCCACAAGGCCCACCAAAUCCACAACAGAGGGCUCAUCAUAGAGCCAGAAACCAUAGACAAAUGUUUGCAGAAACUAAAGCCAUAUCACGGGAUGCUUCUUAUGGUAAACCCGAAUGAUCUACUGGCAUCAAUACCUCUGGAUGGAAGCCCGGCUUUGCUGAGGCUUAUAAAGCUGUAUAGCCCUUUAAAAAGUCUGCAGACUAUUGCUAUUGAAGCGGACUUGAGUCUCACACAGGUUUUCCAGCUGACCGGUCACUUAGUGUACUGGGCUAAAGCAACCGUCAUAUAUCCGCUAUGCGAAGGAAACGUGUACGUUGUGGCACCCUGUGCCAACGUUCACAUACAUUCGCCGCUGGUCGAAGAGUUUUCGAAAGAGUUCCCCGGCCUGUGCCUGCUGCAGAUGCUAAGCGAGUUUUCGCUCCCCGCGCCGCUGUGGUACAUAUCGCGUGGCGGCGGCGGCGGCGGCGGCCAGCGGCUCGGCCGCGUGGUGGCGUGGCUGCUGCGGCGGCGCUUACUGCUCCAACUGCACACAUACGUGCAGUUCAACUCGCCGCACUGGGGGCCCCACACCACCCCAGAUGGCAAAGAGUAUUUCUGCGAGAAGCACGACGGCUACAACAGAUCCUGCAGCGUUUCCUUCUCAUCACUAAACCAGAUGCAGCUGAAUGUCCCCGAGCCAGUCGAGCCGAGGGUCAGCUCCAGCACUUUCCCCGACUCCGAUGAAGACUAUCCCACAGAAAACAACCUUAACCAAACAGACUUCUCACACACGAAACCAAUUGUCAUAGAAUCCGAUCACACAAAAUUUGGGUUCAGCGAAGCGGAUUCUGCCAACCACAGCUUCGAUGACGGUGUAGAUGUUGUGGACGGUCUGAUAAAAACAAACGGAGAACACGAGAAAGAUAAGAAGACACAAGGAAAUUCUGUGGACAGCGGGAUAUCUAACAACGGUGUUACUGAAGGUGUUAUCGAACCUAAAUUAACAUCAAGAUUAUCGAACCUGUCUUUGAAAGACACUGAGAGCGCUUUAAACACAAGUAGCGACGAGGACAGGUUCGAAAGCGACCAUGAUGUGUCCCCGAGGUUGAAGAACGUUAACGGGUACACGAAUGGUGUGGAAAAAAAGAAUGGGGUAUCGCUGAACCUGAAAUUACAGAGUGAAAUGAGUUUUCAGCCGCCGACAGUUUGGAGCGUCCCAGCCAGCUGUGACGUGGUCGACGCUUGCCGGAUACCCACGGACCCGCCCAGCACCGAGUCUCUAUUAGACACGUUCACCCCUGAGGAACGUGCUGCGUUAGCUGACAUACCCGCCUCUAAACACACCGAUGAUCUGUUGCUACUGGCACAGUUACACAAGAAAGGCUACCUACGCGGCGAGCAGCAUCUCGAAGAGAUAAUGUUCAUGGAGAACGUGACGCGAUCACAGCUGAUGCAACUACUCGACAAGUUCAAGGAUGUGCUCAUCACCUUCGAAACUGAGGACCCUGCCGUCGCCAUGCUAUAUCCAUACCAAUAAUACCACAUACAUAUUUAUAUCAUACAAUUUGAGCUCUAAGUAUGUACAGGUAUAGCCCAAGCCACAGAA